AUGUCGGAAAAGUCAGGCCAGAGUACAAAAGCAAAGGAUGGAAAAACGAAGUAUGCAACACUCAGUCUGUUUAACACUUACAAGGGAAAGUCGCUGGAGACUCAGAAAACCACAGUUGCUGCACGCCAUGGAUUACAGAGUCUUGGAAAAGUUGCUAUUUCAAGGAGGAUGCCUCCGCCAGCUAACCUCCCCAGUCUUAAAGCAGAGAACAAAGGCAAUGACCCUAAUGUGAACAUUGUGCCUAAAGAUGGCACAGGAUGGGCUUCAAAGCAAGAACAGCACGAAGAAGAAAA